AUGCACGGCCGUGGUACUGGUACGCCACUACUCCAGCUGAUAUGCCUGGAUUUAUCUUCGUGGCCUGGUUAUGGUAGAUAUGUCGGGCCAUUCCCUAAAUUUCUCUACCAUCAAACCAAAUUGGAGUCAAUUGAUCUCUCAAACUCCAACAUAACUGGCAUGACAACCAUGUUGGUGACUAACAAUAUUACACAUUUGAACUCCCUUUCUCUCUCCAACUGUUCACUUUCAGGUCAUUUUCGAAUUCCAAUCCAUCAAGAGUAUCAUCCUCAUGAAAAUUUAAAGACAUUAGAUGUCUCCACCAAUGACUUCUCUCCUAGUCCCAUUCUACCUGAUAUAUGUGCUUUCUUCCCCAACAUAGGUCAUAUAUCCCUAUCUGAUAACAAAUUCUAUGGUGAAAUACCACCACAAUUAUCAAAUUGCUCACCAUUCGAAAUUUUAGAUGUGAGUAAUAAUCAACUCUCUGGUGAAAUUCCGAGGUGGAUUUGGAAUAUGUCAACCGGCUCUAUUCAAGACCUUUCACAGAACAAAUUUUCGGGACAUCUGCCACCGGGUUUCAUUUCUCCAUUGAUGCAUGAAGUUUACCUAUCCAGAAAUCAACUGGAAGGAACCUUACCUGCCACACUAUCGGAUAAAUACUCAAUAGGUGUUUUGGAUCUGAGUCACAAUCAUUUGAUGGGUACAAUCCCAAAAUGGAUUGGUGGAUUGCGUCAACUGAGUUAUAUCUUCUUGAAUGACAACCAGUUUCAUGGAGAUCUUCCAUAUACAUUUUGUUUGGAAACCUCAAAGUUGAUUGACGUUUCUCAUAAUCAUCUGUCCGGUCAUAUCAGCUAUGAAAUAUUCACAUCAAACGGCACCAACUGCAAUGGACGGAAUGCGUAUGAUAAUCCCCAGCGUGAUAUGGAGUUCGUCACAAAGACAAAAACAUAUACUUACCAUGGGUGGCCUCUCUAUUAUAUGAAUGGUUUAGAUUUCUCGAGCAACAAUUUCACUGGCGAGAUCCCUCCUCAAAUUGGCCACUUGGGUAACACCAAAGUUCUUAAUUUUUCCUACAACAUGUUCACAGGACCCAUCCCGCUGACUAUUGCAAACCUAUCACAGAUUGAGAGUUUGGAUCUUUCUCACAAUAAUUUGGGUGGGGUGAUUCCUUCUCAAAUCACGGAGUUGCACUCUCUAUCCACUUUUAGCGUGGCUUACAACAACUUAUCUAGAAAGUGUCCUCAAAAGGUUGCACAAUUCAGUACAUUUGAUGAAGAUAUCUUCGAAGGAAAUCCUCUUCUUAACUGCACAUUACCAUUCAUGACACCAAAUACAUUGGUAAGGCCGACACCAUAUAUUGGCGAUGAAGAAGGAGAAGGAGGGUUCAUUGACAUGGAGAGUUUCUACGUCAGUGGCUCGGUAUCUUAUGUCAUGGUGUUGUUGGUAAUAGCGAGUGUUUUGCAUAUAAAUCCAUAUUGGCGACGAGUAUGGUUUUAUUGCAUUGAUGUCACCAUAACUACUUGCUAUUAUUUUGUGGUGGAUCAUCUUCCAGUUCCAACCAAGUACAAGGUGUGGGAACCUCGAUUCUAG